CCAGAAGGAGGCCAGGAGUUGUGAGUUUCCAAGCCCCAGCUCACUCUGACCACUUCUCUGCCCGCCCAGCAUCAUGAAGGGCCUUGCAGCUGCCCUCCUUGUCCUCCUCUGCACCAUGGCCCUCUGCUCCUGUGCACAAGUUCGUACCAACAAAGAGUUCUGCUGCCUCGUCUAUACCUCCUGGCAGAUUCCACAGAAGUUCAUAGUUGACUAUUCUGAAACCAGCCCCCAGUGCCCCAAGCCAGGUGUCAUCCUCCUAACCAAGAGAGGCCGGCAGAUCUGUGCUGACCCCAAUAAGAAGUGGGUCCAGAAAUACAUCAGCGACCUGGAGCUGAAUGCCUGAGGGGCCUGGAAGCUGCGAAGACCCCGUGACCUUGGUGGGCCCAGGAGGGAGCAGGAGCCUGAGCCAGGGCAAUGACCCUGCCACCCUGGAGGCCACCUCUUCUAAGAGUCCCAUCUGCUAUGCCCAGCCACAUUAACUAACUUUAAUCUGAGUUUAUGCAUCAUAUUUCAUUUUGAAAUUGAUUUCUAUUGUUGAACUGCAUUACGAAAUUAGUAUUUUCUCUGACACCUCAUGACAUUGUCUUUAUCACCCUUCCCCUUUUCCCUUCAACUCUUCGCACAUUCAAUGCAUGGAUCAAUCAGUGUGAUUAGCUUUCUCAGCAGACAUUGUGCCAUAUGUAUCAAAUGACAAAUCUUUAUUGAAUGGUUUUGCUCAGCACCACCUUUUAAUAUAUUGGCAGUACUUAUAUAAAAGGUAAACCAGCAUUCUCAUUGUGA